CUUUAUUUUAUGAAGUUCUAGUAUUUUUUUCUAAGUAGAACUUCCAAUUUCGAACUAGUUAAUAGCUAAGAUUAAUAAUUAAGAUCUGACAUUUUACGGAUUUCCUAUACUAUACAUAUUUCUAUUUGUUACACUAUUUCUGUUAUGUAAGCCCACUUAGCUCAGAGGUUAGAGCAUCGCAUUUGUAAUGCGAGGGUCAUCGGUUCAAAUCCGAUAGUCGGCUUUUUUCUCUAUCAAUGUUCCAUGAACAAAAAUACCUCUUUUUCUCCGAAUUAAAUGGAGAAGCCAGGAUCUAUUAUGUCGUUCUACCCUACAAUUUUGCUAGAUACAAAACAAUAAAAUAAAUAAUAUAUAUACAAAAAUUCAGAUGUUGAUGAAAUUCCAUUUUUUUGUGGUACUUUUAGUAGAUUUUACUCUGUUUAUCCUUUACUUUAAUUCAGUUUUAAUUUCGAUGUAUUCUGUAAUGUAAAUACAAUGAAAUUAAUUGUGUAAAAUGAAAUUUCAAUAAAAAAAGGAGUCUUCAUGUCCCGUUAUCGAGGACCUCGUUUUAAAAAAAUACGCCGUCUGGGAGCUUUACCAGGACUCACUAGAAAAACACCUAAAUCCGGAAGUAAUCUGAAAAAGAAAUUCCAUUCUGGGAAAAAAGAACAAUAUCGUAUUCGUCUUCAAGAAAAACAGAAAUUGCGUUUUCAUUAUGGUCUGACAGAACGACAAUUACUUAGAUAUGUACAUAUCGCUGGAAAAGCAAAAAGUUCAACAGGUCAGGUUUUACUACAAUUACUUGAAAUGCGUUUGGAUAAUAUCCUUUUUCGAUUAGGUAUGGCUUCAACCAUUCCCGAGGCCCGGCAAUUAGUUAACCAUAGACAUAUUUUAGUUAAUGGUCGUAUAGUCGAUAUACCAAGUUUUCGUUGCAAACCCCGAGAUAUUAUUACUACGAAGGAUAACCAAAGAUCAAAACGUCUGGUUCAAAAUUCUAUUGCUUCAUCCGACCCGGGGAAAUUGCCAAAGCAUUUGACGAUUGACACAUUGCAAUAUAAAGGACUAGUAAAAAAAAUCCUGGAUAGGAAGUGGGUCGGUCUCAAAAUAAAUGAGUUGUUAGUUGUAGAAUAUUACUCUCGUCAAACUUGAACUUAAGGAAAAACGGAAAGGUUCAUAGAAUUUUCUUCCCCUUCCCCUUUCCCCGAACUAAAUCGACCUAAGGCUCUUAAUUCGUAUUUUCCCAUUCACCUAACAGAAAUGGAUUAACCCUAGGAUUCCUUUUUGUUUUUUGUUCUUUCCUCUAUGUGUAUUUUACAUACCAUAGUAAUUUGGUAUAGAGAAUUUCUAUUAAAUAAAGGUAUUGUAUUAUUGCUGGAAUAAAUUGUCAUUUGAUUUGAUACAUUGUAAUCAUUAACGUUGGUGAAUUAAGAAAAACGGAAAGAGAGGGAUUCGAACCCUCGGUAAACAAAAGUCUACAUAGCAGUUCCAAUGCUACGCCUUGAACCGCUCGGCCAUCUCUCCUCCAUAAUCUUAUUAUGGAAAAAAAACUGAGUGAAUAGCGAGUUUUCCUAUUCCUGCAGUACAGGUACAACCACAACCGCGCGAGAGUUCCAUUGUUCUAUUAGAUAGAAAAAUUCCUUUUCAUCUAAGUGGACGGGUCCAGGAUUUUUUUACUAGGAAUUCCGCUCCCUCGAAAAGUUUUAGUUUGGGUUUUCCCCAAACCAAAGAAAAAGAGAAUGGAAGAAUUCUUCUUAUUCGAUAAAAAAGGAACCCUAGAAUUCUGUUUGCAUAAGGUAUCCUACCCCAUACAAUCAAAUAGAAAAUAGGGUAUGGGACGAUUAAUGACUUUGAAAAUGCGAAAUAGUUGAUGAGAGAAGUUGUUGUUGAGAAAAGAAAUAGGAAAGUGGAAUGAAAUCCAAUCUUAGUCAAAUAUUUUCUAUCUCUUCUUGUUCAAACAGAAGGAAAAAGAGAGAAUUUGGGCUGAGCAGAAAUACCUCUCUUAUCCAUUUGGAGCAUAGGGAUCGAUUUAUAAGAAUUGAAUGGAUUUGUUUUUUUUUUAUGUUAUUUUGUGAAGGAAUGAAAAGAAUUCUAUAUAGAAUGAUAGAAUGGGUUGGGAAUUAUGCCUAGAUCCCGUAUAAAUGGAAAUUUCAUUGAUAAGACCUUCUCAAUUGUAGCCAAUAUUUUAUUGCGAAUAAUUCCGACAACCUCCGGGGAAAAAAGGGCAUUUACUUAUUAUAGAGAUGGGAUGUUGGCUCAAUCCGAAGGAAAUUAUGCGGAAGCUUUGCAAAAUUAUUAUGAAGCUACGCGACUAGAAAUUGAUCCCUAUGAUCGAAGUUAUAUACUCUAUAACAUAGGCCUUAUACACACAAGCAAUGGAGAGCAUACAAAGGCUUUGGAAUAUUAUUUCCGGGCACUAGAACGAAACCCCUUCUUACCACAAGCUUUUAAUAAUAUGGCCGUGAUCUGUCAUUACCGGGGAGAACAGGCCAUUCUACAGGGUGAUUCAGAAAUUGCAGAAGCUUGGUUUGAUCAAGCUGCUGAGUAUUGGAAACAAGCUAUAGCGCUUACUCCGGGAAAUUAUAUUGAAGCACAGAACUGGUUGAAGAUUACGAAGCGCUUUGAAUUUGAAUAAGACCACUCUCCUUUUUCAGAAAAUGGGGGUUUGGUUGUUGAUCCAUUAAUCAAAUAAAUUAGGUCGGAAGAUCGAAUCAAGAAUUUCAUUAUAUCUCUUUCCUCUGCCUUCUAUUUUAUAUUAUAUUUCAUAAGGAUAAACGAUAGGGUCUAGAAUAGAAGUAAUAAAGCGAAUAAAAAGGGGCAAUAUAAAUAUUGCUAAUAUAUCAGGACCAUCUUAUUAAUAAUUCUAAUGAGUUAUCUUGGAAUUUGGAAUCGAAUAAAAAAAUCUAUAUUAUGCUCAAGGAAAGUAGAUAUAGAUAGGGACUUAUACUCUUAAAAAAAAUAGACUAGCUUUUUAAAUUAAAAAAAGGUUUUUUUGUUACGUGGAGAAAUCCAAGAUAAAAAAAGUCCGUUAGGCACCCAAUCCUUAUGUCAUAAUAGAUCCGAACACUUGCCUCAGAUUGACUUCAAUAUAUAAUUGCUCCAGUGAAUAACUAAAAAAAAAUAGAAGGACGGUAGAUAGUAAAGAAAAGGACUAAUCAUAAUAUCUAUCUUUCAAAGGUUCACUAAAAAGUUGGCGGGUCUCUUUGUAUGUCUUGUCCGGAAAGAGGAGGACUUAAUGAUGAUUCGUUCGCCGGAACCAGAAGUAAAAAUUGUUGUGGAUAGGGAUCCUGUAAAAACAUCUUUUGAGGAAUGGGCCAGACCCGGCCAUUUCUCAAGAACAAUAGCUAAGGGCCCUGAUACUACCACUUGGAUCUGGAACCUACAUGCUGAUGCU